CGUGGGCGGAACAAGUUUCCAUGGAAAACUGAUAUAACAAGAUCGAGGGGAUUGCUUUGUAGAACUGAGUUGUUUUAGUAAUGGUUUGUGGCUUUGAAUUACAAUUGUGUGCUCAUAUUAUUAAACCUGAAAACAGUUUUGGAUCUUGUUAAGGCGGCAUUACUUGCAGAUAUGACCGAGCUGCAUCAAGCUGCUGCUUCUGGAGACUAUGAUUUAGUGAAAGAAAUUUUAAAGAAAGAGUGCUGUGAUCCAGAUCAUAAGGAUGUUGAUUGGGGUGGUAGAACACCUUUACACUGGGCUGCAGCUAAGGGGCAGUCUGAAAUUGUGCGAAUUCUUAUAGAAAAUGGAGCUCGUCCAUGCUUGAGAACUGAAACAGGCUGGACUGCAGCACAUUUUGCUGCAGAAUCUGGACGACAUGGUGUCCUUCGAGUUCUACAUUCUCUGCAUGUUCCAAUAGAUUUGGAAGACCUGUAUGGAGAUACUCCAAGAAGAAUUGCAGAAAUAUAUGGGCAUAAAGACUGUGUAAAGUUUCUUGAGAUGGCCGAGCUGGAGUGCCAGGAUUACCGUCUAAUGACAACAAUGAAAGGCAUUUCACUGGAUGACACAGAUGAAGAAUGGGAACACAUACAAAAAGAGUACAAGGAAAAUCAAUGCCUUAGCAAAAGUCAAAAUGUAAAGAGACCACCAGCUAAACAAAAUUCUUUUGUUAAUUCUGUAGGUCAAAAGGCAUGCAGGAUUACAAGCUAUUCUAUUGAGAAAACUAUAACUCACCCAUGAUCUUCCAAAACUGUGAAGUAAACUGUAUAGUCUGAUGCUGAGGUUAAGUAAAAUUCAACAUUUAUUUUUCUUUACUAGUAAGAAUAGGUAUUUUGAAUUUAUAGAUGAGCACAUACAACAUAGAAGGCAAGACCUGUCUUUUUUAUUUCAAACUGUGAACCUUACACUACUUUAAAGAAUUUAAUGCUGUGUAUUGCUGCAGUAUUGUUCUGUGAAAGUGGGUUAAAUGAUUCUGAAGCAGUAUAUAGUAGUUUAUUAAGAAAAGCUUUAGAUUGUUUACAUAUUCAGAGCUUCAUACUUUCCAUAGUUGAUGGCAUUCUAAAAUUUAGAAACAAGUACUAAAACUGAAAGUGUUUUUUUUUUUUUUGACAUGUGGCAACAAACUUCAUGGUAUCAAAGAGUAAGGUGUGUGCUUACCAAUCAAUAGAGAUAGGGUAGUAACUGUAGUAUAUAAAAAGCUUCUUACCUUCACUGAAUGACGCACACUAUCCCCCAGCUGUCACCUUUCCUUUUCAAAUGGACAUAAGAAUGGGUGAAAUGACUGAAACUGUCAGAAGGAUUGGAUUUGAUGAUCAUGGGAGUUCGUGGGGGGGGGGGGGGUGUGUGCAAAAAAUUGCAUUAUAAAGUCUGGGAUUAUCACCCUCAGGACUCAACUCCAACUAUAGAAUACUUUCUUUAUGUGAGACUGAUGUAUGAUCAAUUAAAAAAAAAAUAUAUAUAUAUAUAUAUAUAAAAAAAAAACUUGAUCUCAGCAGAUCAAAAAAAUGCUUCCCUAAAAAAACUCAGCCCAGUUUUAUAUAGGGAUGAAUCUCGGGUGACUCAAGUUUGAUUAACAGCAUUGAUGUCUGAUGUACCUGUCAGGGAAAAUGGGCAUACCUAUCUUAGGAUGAUAAGAACAUGCACCAGUAAAAGUGCUGGUUGAGGCCAAGUCUUGGAAUGAUCCCCAGGUUGUGUUUAGGAGUAUGAAGGAUGAGUGGUUGCCCCAAGGUCCAGGAUAGACAUGCUCUUAGCUGGCCAUCCUCAUCGCUCAGCUCGACCCAGCCUUCAAUGCUGAAGUCUGCACAAGGAGAGAUUGGACCUAGGUAAAGCUCUAGAAUGCAUUACGGCAUGUAUGAUGCUGCUGAGUUCAGGUUUCACUCCACCUCCCAAACUGAAGGCACAACUUCCCCUUUACACCCCGCCUGUUUAAGUCUCUGGCAAAAGGAUACUGGUAGGCCAAUUGUGACACCUUUAAUUUCUUCAUAUUGUUUACUUCUGCAGUAGCCUAAGUUCCAUGGGUUAGAUCUCAUUAAUGAUAUAACAUUUGGCCAGAUUU